GACGCGUGGGUUAGUGGGCUGUGGUGGGGUUUCAGGUAUCGUAAGGAGUUCAAGGGACGUCACAGCCUCCUUUACGGCGCUUGCUCUUCCCAAGCUUGCUUACCUUAUCUAACAUUAUACCGUUAGGCGCUCUGCCGUACAAUCACCAUUAUUAGAAACAAGAAACAAGAAACAAAGCUGGCUGGCUUAUUUCUGACGACUACGUAUGUAAUUGGGCUUAGUUAGCUUCUUCGUAUUCUUCUUCUUCACACUCUGUCUGUUCCAUUAAAAACCUAACUAGGUGACAGGUCUUGCCUAUUGAUUACUCUCCUCCUGAAUCCGAAACUAAAAGAAAUACAAUAGAAAGAAUAGUCUGCUGCCAGCCGGGUUCCUUCCUCCUCUGCUUGACGAGUUUGUUCUGCCCUGGAAUACAACGGAAGCAGAUCGCAUAGCAUAUUACAGCAUAGCACAGCAUAUCAUAGUAUAGUUUGGUAGAGCAGCCUAGCAUGGCGGAUGAUCACGAACACGAGGGCGCCUCCGUAAAGGAGCGGCUGAUCGAAGCCUGCCGAAGGAACAAUGUCGACUUACUCCACGAUGUAAUCUCGAAUUGCAAGUCAGACGAAGAAAUCUCCGCCCUCCUCAACACUACUACAACUGUCAUGGGUAAUCACCUCUACCACGAGGCUGCCCUACAGGGAAACUACGAGAUCAUCGACACACUUCUGGACCAACCAGAUUUUGAAUGUGAUCCUCUAAACCGUAUCGAAGGGGACACGCCCCUGCACAGCGCCAUCCGCUGGAUCAACAGCGAGCCCCCCGCCCAGCGCGAAUUCGGCAACGCCCUCGUACAAAUGAUGCUCGAAGCCGGAUCGUCCACGCGCGUGCGCAACAAGGCCCGACUAACACCCUAUCAACUCGUCGACCCUUCUAACACCGGCCUGCGCGACCUCAUCCAGAAGCACGAGUAUGCCGAGUUGAACGCGGGCGACUUUGUCGACUCCACGUCUGCACCCCCCAAAGAGAACAAGAAGGCGGUGGCGAGUUCGUUUGUUGAUGUUAGGCAGGAAGAUAAUGACGAUGAUGAUGAUGCCGAGUUCUCCGGCAGUGACGAUGAAGAGCGUGCCGAAUGGGAGCGUAGGCGCAAGACCAAGGGCCGGUAGAAGAGAGAAGAGAAAGAUGAAAAGACGAAAAUUGAUUGAUAUGAGGCAGAAAGAGGGAUAGGAGACGCAGAGGGCCACACAUAUAGACACGCCUUAAGACGUAGGCUUGCUCUGGUCUGUCGAGAAGACCAUGAGCAUUGCUCAUACAAUGCGUAUGCACAUUAAGUCACCAUCCUUUGUGUCGUUCUCCUGUGCAGAUGAUGACAGGAACGUGCACAAACAAUCACCAGACAAACGGCGUAGAUAAGGUUUUUUUUCUCUUGAUAAUCCGUUGCUAAGCUCCUUCCAAAUUCCUCCAGCUCGAUAUCGGCAUGUACAUCAUAGGGAUAUGUCUAUAU